CUCUGCCUGGGUGUCUCCCUCUCUCAGUGUGUGUGUCUCUCUGUCUGUUUUCACACUCUCCUCCCCAUUCGAGCAAGGCCCACACCUGGCGCAUCACUGCCGAGCCAUUAGCUGCGGGUCUCCUUUCAUCUUCGCUGUGGCAGACGUUUCUAUUUAUCCACUUGCGCUCGCCGAGUGGCGUCACCAGCGGUACUGUAAUGACGAUUGCAGCAGGAGGAUGACAGCUUAGAAAGAAGAGGGCAAUGGGGCUUCCUCCCAGAGGCGGUGCGGCACAGAGGAGCGCUCGCAUCACAAGGUGACCCUAGCUCCCCACCGCCACCGCCGCGGUCGCGGUACGGACCUCGCUCCAGCCGCUCUGCGCGGUCCCAGUAAUCCGGCCUCUCUUUCUCCCUCUUGCAACCAAGAUCCGUCCGGCCGCUGGAGACCCAGGGAGCCGGGGUUAGGAAUUCACUUGGGGCUUUCCCCUCCCCUACCGGAGAGCCCCGGGAUGGAGAGCCGAAAGGACAUGGUUGUGUUUCUGGAUGGGGGUCAGCUUGGCACUCUGGUUGGCAAGAGGGUCUCCAAUUUGUCCGAAGCCGUGGGCAGCCCGCUGCCGGAGCCGCCCGAGAAGAUGGUGCCCCGUGGUUGCCUGAGCCCUCGGGCCGUCCCUCCGGCCACCCGGGAGCGCGGCGGGGGAGGCCCGGAGGAGGAGCCGGUAGAUGGACUCGCAGGCAGCGCGGCGGGGCCGGGCGCCGAGCCCCGGGUAGCCGGGGCCGCCAUGCUUGGCCCGGGACCCCCGGCCCCCUCCGUCGACAGCCUCUCCGGCCAGGGGCAACCCAGUAGCUCGGACACCGAGUCGGAUUUCUAUGAAGAAAUCGAGCCUCCUUCCCACAACCUGCCCUCAAAACAACCUGCACUUCACUCACAUAUACUAAGGGUCCGGCUCCGAGGCGCUGGUCGGCAGUCCGAACGGAGGGAGCGAGACCUCCAAGAGCAACGGCGGCGGUGGCGGGGGCGGCUCGCAAGGCACCCUGGCGUGCAGCGCCAGUGACCAGAUGCGUCGUUACCGCACCGCCUUCACCCGAGAGCAGAUUGCGCGGCUGGAGAAGGAAUUCUACCGGGAGAACUACGUAUCCAGGCCGCGGAGAUGCGAGCUGGCGGCCGCCCUAAACCUGCCGGAAACCACCAUCAAGGUAUGGUUCCAGAACCGGCGCAUGAAGGACAAGCGGCAGCGCCUGGCCAUGACGUGGCCGCACCCGGCGGACCCCGCCUUCUACACUUACAUGAUGAGCCAUGCGGCGGCCGCGGGCGGCCUGCCCUACCCCUUCCCGUCGCACCUGCCCCUGCCCUACUACUCGCCUGUGGGCCUGGGCGCCGCAUCUGCUGCCUCCGCCGCCGCCGCCUCGCCCUUCAGUGGCCCGCUGCGCCCGCUCGACACGUUCCGCGUGCUGUCGCAGCCCUACCCCCGGCCCGAACUGCUGUGCGCCUUCCGUCACCCGCCGCUCUAUCCCGGGCCCGCGCACGGACUGGGCGCCUCGGCCGGCGGCCCUUGCUCCUGCCUCGCCUGUCACAGCGGCCCGGCCAACGGGCUGGCACCCCGGGCUGCCGCCGCCUCGGACUUCACCUGUGCCUCCACCUCCCGCUCGGACUCCUUCCUCACCUUCGCGCCCUCGGUACUCAGCAAGGCCUCCUCCGUCGCGCUGGACCAGAGGGAGGAGGUCCCCCUCACUAGAUAAGGGGCCGCCGGCCGGCUGCCGGCUCCAGGACGCCCGUGGGGUCACCCCCCACCCCCGGGACUCAGCCUCUCGCUCCUCGCCCCUAGGACGCCAAGCGGGAAAGGAGAGGGCGGAAAAGGACCAGCGGGAUCCGGCCGCGAGAAUUGGAAAGCCUAGGAAGUGGCCGUGGCUGGCGCGUUUGGGGAGCAGGAGUGGGGAUAGGGAAGCAGAGGUUGAGAGACCUUCCUCCGGGGCGGCCUCCGGACCCACUGCCCCCUACCAGGGUCGAGGCUGUAGCUCCAAAGCUAAACAAAACUUAGCAGCAACAGCAAUCAAUAUCCGGCCCCUCGGCCCAUCACCCUCCAUCUCACACUCCCUUCUCACCGGGCCCCCUCUCCCCAGCCAAGGCCCAAGCACUGGAAAGGGAAAUUGCUGUCUGUCUGAACAAAAUGCUGUGUAUGCAGAGCAGGUAGAGAUUAAUCUUUGCCAACCUUUCCAAGGCAUGACAAGGGGCUGGUGGAUGGCAACAUACCAGUCAUUUGGAGGAGAGAGUGAGAGAUUAUUUACUACCGGGAAGAAUCCGGCCCCUUGGCAUGGAACCUGGAGCCUCGACUACACAGCAUCUUCUGGAUCUGGCAUCUGCCAGCACCAGAUCUCCUUCCUCAUUCCCAGCUUUGUGACACCUCUCAACUUGCAGCUCCAUCUCUCCCUGCCCCCACUUUUUUGUUGGCCAGGGAGGCUGCAGAUGCCCCAGGAGCCCUUUGCCGCUUCUAUGAGCCCAAGCCUUUUUUUCCCUGGGCCCAGUACACACCCUGAUUAGCAAGUGAUGUGUGCGAGGAGGGUUUGUGAAUGUUGAAUGUGUAAUAAUGAUCAACACGGAGCUGGCCACUGAGCCCAAAGCUGGAGCUGUUAACAAGGCGCCCAGGGAAGAGCUUAGGGAGUGAGAACUUCACCUCCCUCUCUCAGUAUCUGGCGGUAAAUUAGAGGCAAUUUUCAUCCUUUGCUUGUUCACCUUCACUUCACCAGGAGCUUUCUGGCCCUACCCUUUGCAUUGGGCAUUUUACAACUUUUUCUCAUUUUCUUCCCAAGCUACCACUGGAGCUUGACUUUCAGAUACCAGUGGGAGCCUUCUGCCGAUUCUGGGGACCCUGUCUGUACCCUCCACCAGGGUUUGUUUAGAGCCACUCCCAAAUCCUCUCUCCCACACUCAUCCUUUCAGCCAGUUUUUGAGGAAGAAGAGAACGUGUACACCCAAUGCAAGCUUCACCCUGACUGAGAGGGAGUAGUUCUUCCUGUAGGGAAUGAAUUUGGUUUGGUUUGGGGUUUUCCUUUGAAGCCCAAAGAACUUGCUGUUAUGAUUCGUUAACCAUAUUGCAAUAAAAGCUGGACAUAA